AACAGUGCCCGAUUGAUUCCAUUUAAAGCGCCCCUUCCUUGCGAAGGAGAUGGCUAGUGGGGCUAUAAAGAAGGUGACAGGAAUCACAGGCUUAGCUGUGGUGCCCAACGCCAGAGAGGUGUUGUGUGGACUAUACGCCAAGAUACAAGCUGUUCUGCAGCAGAUGCCCAAAGAUGCUGCCUAUCGGACCUACACACGUCAGAUUGUUCAACAGAGACUGCAGAUAGUGCAGGCUGAGACGAAUAUCAGUGCUAUUGAGGAGAAGAUUGGCUGUGGGCAGGUAGAGGAACUCAUUGAGCAGGCAGAGAGAGAGCUGGCUCUAGCACACAAGAUGGAGGAAUGGGGGCCGUGGCAACCACUGGUGUCUGAGCCACCUCCUGGCCAGUGGAAAUGGCCCUAG